AUCUGCAGCUUCUGGUUUGUGAUAUGUGCGUGUUGUGCUUCUCCACUUCACGUUGACGUCAUGACGGCCAAAAUGGAGCUUGCGCCGCUCAGAACGUGGGAUGAUUUUUACCCCGGAACGGAGCGCUUCGCCAAGCCGGAGUUUGGAGAUGUGGCGAGGUGGAACAACCGUGUGAUCAGCAAUUUAAUGUACUACCAGACGAACUACUUCGCCGCGGCCGUGGUGGUCUUCCUCAUCGUUGGGUUCCUGAACCCACUUGGGAUGUUUCUGGGAGGGACAGUUGUGACUUUGGUGUUCAUGGGUUCCGUGUGGGCUGGGGAGAAUCAAGCCACCAUCAAGAACUUCAAGAGGAAGAACCCGACCCUGUUCGUCAUCGGCGUCAUGGUCACCAGUUACUUCCUGCUGUCCCUGUGCGGCGGUGUCUUGGUUUUCAUCUUCGGCAUCACUUUCCCCUUGUUAUUAAUCCUCAUCCACGCCUCCCUGCGACUGCGCAACAUGAAGAACAGACUGGAGAACAAGAUGGAAGGCGUCGGAAUGAAGAAGACUCCCAUGGGCGUCAUCAUGGAUCUCUUGGAUCAGCAGGAGGAGAACGUGAACAAAAUUCAGGAUUUUAUCGAAAGCAAAUUAAAGCAGUAAGGUUGUAGGAGAAAGGGAUGUUUGCUCCAUCAUCACGCAUGCCAUGAGUAGAAUGGCGUUGUUCCUUUUGGCCCCCCGGUCUGCCAUUUUGCUUCUUUUUUUUUUUUUUUUUUUUAUUACAGUUAGACGAACACACUACUUAGCGUUUACGCAGCUUUCAAUAGUCAGAGUUGAAAGGCAGAUGGCACCAGCAAAGGUUUCAGUAUUCCCAAGUCAAAAGUUUUAAAAAUACACAUCUCCUUGACGAUAUUGCACUCCUUAGAUCCCAACCUGGGUCCCAUUUUUUUUUUUAAUCUUUGAUUUAAUUGUGCUGCCUUGUUGAAAUAAUUUCUAGUUUGAUCCUACCCAUUAUAAGAAACCCAUUGCAAAAACGCAGAUUUAUUUCUUCCAUCUUGUCAUUUUAGGAUCCAACACUAAUGUGUGUCUGGUGUACAUGUGUUGUCACUCGUAAUCCUGAUUAUAAAUAGAACAAUUUUUCAGGCGGUGUGACCAUGUGCUGAAAGCUUCGAGGAGCCCAAGUUUAUCCCCGCUGAUCGCUGCUUUUGCAAUUGAAAAGGAAUGGCUCGUUCAGCUUUAUUCUACUAUCGUAUGUAUAUGUUUGCUGUUUUGGGUGUAUUAUUUCUAUUAUAUCAUGAAUAUAGUGGUGUAGGAUGCCUACAGUUAUUGCUUUUACUGAAUGGAUCAGUACUGGAUUGGCAACUCGUAUGUAUUGAAUGAAGAAAAAUGGUAUCUGUAACAUUGCUUUUACGCUGCUGCCGCGUUAGCGAUCUUUGAAGCUUUUCUCGUGUGCACAUUGCACAAUUUUUGCAUGAAGGCCAUUUAGAGAGGUGGAGUGGAUGGAUGCAAUAUGUUGUCCUCAAUCAUACGUGUCACCCCCGCGCCCCCCAUUCAGCAACCGUGACGGUGUGAUCACGAAGCCAAAUAUUAAACACGGCUGUAUAAACCAA